AUGUGCCCCGAUGGUGCUUCCGAUUCAGAGGUGAACUCAACAGAAAUAUCGACGGAUUCGGAGUUUGACGAUGAGCAACCGCAGCGCGUACCUCCCUCCUUCCAUCUGGAGUUUAAACCAUUAGUGGAGGUUGAUCCAACGAUAAAGCUAGUCCAAAACCGUGCGCCAUUGGCUGUACCCCGACCCGGCGACUACGUACUGAGCAAAACAGCUAGCACGGAGGGUAUUGCAUCGAAGAAGAGCUUGGAGCUGAAAAAGAAGUACCUGCUCGGUGAGGGUACGACCGGGCUAGGCAUUCUCAAGUCUGGCUCUGCAUCGGCGCUUGAUUCCAAAUUUAAAUCGUUCCACUCGAACAUCACCGAAUGUCAGAAGCUGCUCAACCCGGCGGCACAGAUAAGCCCCACUAUGCAGACGUUCCUAAAGAACAGCACGACGAACCAACCAUCCGUCGAUAAUCGAACGCUGGAAGAAGCUCCCGUGCCGGUACCAUCCCUGCCAGCUGAAUUGGUCAAUGAUACGGAGAAGGAGAACCUGUACGAAGGCAAGCGAACCGGUCCGCUCGGCAAUGUUAACAGUAGCAGUAGUGCACUGGUUGGUGCGAACAAGCGAUCAUCGCUUAUAGAAACGAUUAACACCACGCUGGUAGAGAAUAAGCUGAACGAGAUCAAAUCGAACGAAAGUUUCCCAAUGCCGGGGAAGGAGGAACUGAAAUCCGAACAACCGAGUGCCACCGAACAGCAGUCACAGUCCCAGAACACAUCCCCUGUUACGAAGGCAAAGCAUCAGCAGAUGGAAAACGAUGGCGUCGUGAUGGAAAUCAUCGAUCUUGUCACGCCUGAAAAGGUGAAGGAUUCUUCUCCGACCCAUCGGGAUAUGGCGGCGAAUGAGACAACGGGUGCCCUGGAGCACAAGUACAUAACGAACAUGAAGCACGCGUACAUCGAUCUAACGACUGAUUCACCCAACUGUGAUCGUUCGCUGGUAGAGACGACGCUCGACUUCAGCAUUGCGCCGUCGAAAAUGGGUAGUGAGCGACCCACGAAUUCAUCGGCUGUGCCGGAUAUCAUCAGUAACAUUCGGAUCGAUAGCAACGAGAACAAGAUAGAGCAGCACGCAACGAACGGUGUGGUGAAGCAGAAGCUCGCCGGUAAGGUAACACCUCCUGAGCAACCAAACCAGGAACAGGCACAGCAGCAGGGAGAGGACGGAUGUCACGAGACCACUCUGCAGGUGCCGGACGUUCCCUGGACGAAGGAGGAAGAGAUCGAAUCCGACAGUAUCUCGGAGUCGGGAUCUAACAGUAGCGAAAUCAGCAGCUCCAGUAGCACCAGCAGCAGUAGUAGCACAUCGAGUGUUGAGGAUAUUCCCCACUUCAUUCUCGAUUCUACUACCAGCCCAGAAACGCAAAACGAUGAGCGGUUCGUACCGAGGCUGGAAGUGCGUGAUGCCACCGGCGAGCUGAUGCAGAUCGAUAGCUUAAUGAUCAUUGACGGUCGUUACAUCGGUGAUCCGGAGGAUUUGAAGUUGAUGGAGAAGCUACCACCGGACACGCAGAUAGCGGCACAGAUGCUGCAAGCGGAAAUUAACCAGGACAGCAUUAAUACGAUUAUAGAAGGAUGCGCACCCCAUGCCGAUACAGAUGAUGAGGGAUGCCAAACCCGCCACCAGCCACGCGAUAAAGACGGCGAGGUGGAAACGAAAAGUGAUACAGAGGAGGGAGAAUGUGCCAGCACACCGACACCUGGUACGGCGAAGACGGAUGCGGUCGAUGAACCAAUGGUUGCGCCCCUUUCCAACUUUGUAUCACAGCGAAAUCCAUGCUUUAAGUUCGAUUCGCGAAAUGAAAACAAAAUCGAUACACUGAAGAAUAUGCCGUUCGUGCUGGAUGCAGAUCACCGCAAUUCGUUGCAGAAAUCAAUGCAUUUAAAUUUGACCCAGCACAAACCAGCGGUGGACGGUGAUACGGACACGGAACAGACACCGAUGGCGGGGGAUUUGACUGCCGCGAAAUUGAUCUCCUCUCCAACGGCAGCUGUUGGGCAAGGUUACGCGAAACCCGCGCAGGAUGCCGAUUCAGACUCUCAGGACGAUACGGAAGUUACGACACAGAACAAUCUUACCGAAACGGAACUGUCCGACUGGGCAGCGGAUGAUGCAGUGUCGGAGAACUUUGUCGAUCUCGAGUUUGCGCUCAACUCGAACAAAGGCACGAUACGCAGAAAUCACAAAUCGAAGCAUUUUCGGCUUCAGAAAAAGCUGCCCAAUAGUAAUGGGGACGGUGCGGCGUUACGAACGGUGCCGGAUCGGUACACGUCGACAAUGCCACCGCGAAAUGGUAUCACUGCCACAGAGGAUGGAAUUAUACGCAAUCUUGCACUGGAGGAUAUCGAAUUUAUGGACACCGGUUCGGAGGAAGAAAGUUGCAUCGAAACGUACUCCACCACCAAUCGAAUGAUGUUGAAGAACCGUGGCUAUAUGGAAAUAAUGGACCCGUCGGUGGAAUCCAAGCGGACGGUCUAUCCACCGCCACUAGCUCCGUUAAAUCAUACGUACGGCGCGGCACAGCCUAAGCUGGUGGAAGCUAUCAACAAUCAAAUUGCCGGUCGACAGAUGGACUACAUCGAGCAGGGUUCGUAUCUGCUCGCUAAUGAUGAUGCCAAAACACCGAUGAAUGAGGAACCUGUCGGGAAGAUAACAUUUUCCGCCCUGGCUGCAGCUGCUAGUCAAUCGCUGAAGCUGGGCGAACCGGCUUGUUCCGUUGAGAGUGCGCAUGACAUCGAGGAGGAUAGCUUACUGUUGGUUAGCUCCUCACAAGGUACGGCUACCGCUACGACAACGAAUAGUGCCGCAACAAACGAAGAGAGCGAUGCAGUAACGAUGGUAGCAGCACCCAGUACAGCUGGACACGAUACGGAGAUACACCCGAAUGUACCCCCGACUGGUGCUGGUAGCAGCGGACGAGGUAGUGCUGCUUCGUUUAGUUCUUCGCUACAACACGCUGGGAUUAAUAGCAACGGUCAUAACGAACCAGAACUUACGCACAAAUCAAACUCACGCUCGCGAGAUGAAAGUCCUGUAAGGAAAAUAUCGGUAGAGUCUUUGUCCGGCAAGCGCAGCAGUCUGGAGCGCAAAGACGUUCGGAAAGAUUCGCUCAAAAGCAUCGAAGACAUUGGGUACGAGAAGUACGUGAAACGAUUGCAGCAAAAGAUCCAACAAAUCAGCAAUGCGCGCGAUUCGCUGGAAGUGAAGAAGAACAAGCGAAAGUCUUCCAAAGGCGAGAUGGUGCUAACGCUGUCGGAAGCUGAUAAGGAAACGGAAGAGCAAGAACUGGACUAUGCGAGGUCAUCCAACAAGCAGGGUGAGAGUUCUCCGGGCCAGACGGAGUAUUUACCCUCAAGCUUUACGCCCGAAAAUCUGAAGAUGAAUGUGUCCUCCGUCGAACCGGAACCACCGAAAAGUGUGGAGAAGAAAAUUGAAGAGAUCACUAAGGAGCGUGUUAAGCAGAAGGAUCUCAUACAUGAUCUAGUCAUGGACAAGCUGCAAACGAAGAAGCAGCUGAAUGCGGAAAAACGUCUCAACCGUAGCCGUAACCGUAGUAACGUUCUAGUCGGUCAGAUCACAUCGUCUAGCAAUAGCAAUGGUGCUGGUGCAACGGUGGACACUGUGGUCGAUUCACCAACCGCAACCACCGGUGAUGUGCGUGAACUUUCCACACACAUUAGUUUCCGAUCGGGCGUUGCCGGUUCGCUGAAGGAGAUGGAACGAACUCCACUUGCCAUUAGUAACCAGACGAACGUGUACGGUGGGGCAGUGUCGAUGCGCGCUCUACCACCGUCCGUUGUGCCGGGCAUCAAAUCCAGUACAUCCAGUGCCUGCGACGCGUUGAAGGAAAAUAUUGGCUUCGCGAAUGGUAAAUCUCAGGACCACGGUAGCAUUCUGACAUCCGCAUACCAACAGCAGCUGAUAACGCCCCGUACUGGUGCGAACCUUGUCGAUCCGGAACAACCGAUGACUACGGAACAGCUGCGGGAGGAAGCACGGUCGCGGGCACGUCUAAAAUCUAACCAAGAUUUGGGUCUGUCGCCCGAAGACCGACUACUAUUACUGCGCAAAAAGUAUCACAUCACGAUGCGCGGUCUCACGGACGACGACGAUGCCGAUGCGGAUCCGAACAAAUCGGACGACGCCAAAUGCAAGGAUCAGCAGCGUACGAAGCUGAUCACGUCCAAAAGUGUUAACGAUGUGUCGAUGCUGAAGCAACAUCAACCGAGUGUUGCACCGCAUCGGCACCAACUUCAUCAUUACUAUCUUCAGCCGGGUUUGCUUGUAACGAGCACCGUUGCAAAGGCAGAUCCGUCUAUCCCCGCCGGGGAACUUCAGCAUAGUCCGCCCAAGCAGCUCAAUGAUUACAUCUCCGAUCCAAACCUGGUCCACAGCGGUACUAUUGAGCAGGAUACUGGUAGCGAGGUGCGUUUGCGUACACGCGGCAAGCGCAAGGAUCGGGAACGGCGCAAAAGCAUUAUCGAGAAGGUGUCGGAAUUUUUCAACGGUCGCAAAAAGGCGGAAGGUAGCAAGGAAACCUCACCAACCAAGGACCGACCCAACCUGCUUAGUGCUAACGGUGGUCCGUCCGAUCCCGGAACAGCGAGCACCUCCAGCACCGGCGGUGGAGGAUUUUUGCGGUUUAAAAUUUCACCAAAGCUUAAGGACAAAUCAAAGACGAAAGAAAGCUCACCGUACGGAAGGUGUGCUUCCGAUGACUGCCUCAAUAGCAACGGGUCGAACGGUUUGCCAACGAUGGCCGUCUCACCCGUUACACCUGGAGCGGCUGACAUCAACCACCACAACAGCUACACACCGAUUGGACGUAAGGAAGCGGAAGAACUGGAACCACCGCCGAUUCCACCGCUGCCGUUAAACUAUGAGCGCUCUGACGAUGAAGCGGGUGCCGCCAACGAAUCGAAAAACGAGUUGAAAAAAAUACGUGCAAUGUCAAAAACAUCGAGACAAGCGGAAUUGAAAAGACUGAGAAUUGCUCAAGAGAUACAACGAGAACAGGAAGAAAUAGAUGUAAAGAUCAAAGAUCUGGAAACGCGCGGCGUCGAAAUCGAGAAGGAGCUUCGGGGUGAGAGUGAAACUCUCAAGAAAACCGCCACCAAUUCGGGUGCUAACGACGACGGACUGGUGAAGGAAUGGUUGGAAAUCAUGAGCAGUAUCACGCGGCUGAAGGUGCGGGACGAUGAACUUAGCAUACGGCAGCAGGAGCUGCAGCUCGAACAUCGGCACGCGCAACUAAAGGAAGAGCUCAACAUGCGGUUGUCAUACGGCAAGCUAGAUAAGAACUCUUCUGACGUUGCUGCCGAAGGAGCCAUCCUGAACGAAAUGCUUGAAAUCGUUGCCAAGCGGCAAGCGCUGAGGCCAUCACCGGACACCAAGGCGACGGCUGCUGCCGUCGCAGCGGUCGCGUCCGGUGCCAGCUUAUCCAAACCCAACCCAACCUUCACUGCUAGGAUGCCUAAAGAUACAGAUAUAUAA